UUUCAGCAUUUCACUAUAUCAAAUUUACAAGUUCAACAAUGCCAAGAUUAAGCACAAUUACAAUAUUUCUGACAUGUGUGUGCCUAUUUAUUAACAUGGCAGCUGCACUAAAGGCCCUUAACUGCACACGACCCACUGUAUACAACAGAAUAGCCUCUAUAAAAUGUUCAUCAGAAGCUGUAGACAAAAUGAAGGAUUGCAAAUUUCACAUUAACACUACUGACGUGGCAGUUAUUGUGGAUGCUACCGACAUCCAGUCGACUCGUGUGAAUGGAUUAUUCCAGAACAACUGUAGCCUCCAAAUUCCACUUUUGAAUUUAGGCCCUGGUCAGCACCAGAUUUCAGCCAGAAUGACCCUUGAUACAGCAGCGGGAGAAAUGGUGUACAUCAGCCCUUCUUUUGAGAUUAAUCUAAACUCUGACCUGAAGAAUGUUUCUUGCAACAGCCUCUCGUUCAAUGACAGAGUAGAGACACUUUCAUGCAGUGCAGAUAUGGUGUAUUUAAAUAUCAACUGUGAUUUUAAUAUCACACUGCAGGAUCAGCGUAUAGAGAGGCAAGCUCCUGGCAGUGUGUCCUACGCUAGUGACAUUACAACACAAAACAACAAACUGGUGUACAAAGACAGGUGUAUGCUGACUGUUCCAUUUGAAAACUUAACUGCUGGAUGGCAUUCAUAUUCUUUAAACAUGGCACUCAUGAAUGGCUCAGACAUCAUUGAUGUUAAAAACAGCUCAUUUGGAGGUGUAAAAUAUACGCUGCCAUCCACAGACUUAGACCCAACAUGUAAAUCACAGGGUUCCAGGCCCAUGUAUCCUGGAGAAACUAGGACUUGUAACUGUAACAUCACCAAACCAGGCUCUGAAGGCUAUGCUGGCUGGUACUUCAAUGGACUGGUGGAAGUCAUCAAAAACUUGACAAAACCUGUUCCAGGAACUCAGUUUACAAUGCUGAAUGUUUCAUAUGAAGAUGUUGAAAAACAUCAAAUAUUUUUCUGUGCACCUGUGACUCGUAUUGGUGGAACAAGAACAUUUAUAUCAUAUUCCCCAGAUCUGGCAUUGGCACCAAAAAUAACGAACUUCACAGUCAAUGGCUCAAGCACAGAUCUUGUGGUAGACCUAAACUCAAUGCUUGUAUUUGAAUGCUCUGCUAAAGGAACUCCCAGCCCUAGGCUAGCUCUGGCAAAACAUGGGGAACAGCGUGAUUACUCCUUCUAUGGUCUACUGAUCACAUAUGUAAGAAUGACAGACUGCAGAAAAGCUGGACAAUAUUCAUGUCAAGCUAGUAGCCAAGGCUUCUCUGUGGCUGACACCAAAUACAUCAACGUGUACAUGCGCUGCCCCCAAGAAAUCUAUAACCGCUAUACUCCCACUGAGUACUAUGUGCUAUUGGGAACUAGGGCUGUGGUGAACAUCCAACUGAUUGGCUACCCAGCACCCACCAAGCUAAAGCUGGAAAAACAAAGUGAUGUCAACAUGACAGACUUUACAGUAAUAUACACUACUGGCCCCAUAGGGAAUGUCAUUGUUGAGUUCACUAAAGCUGAAGAGAAACACUUAGGCUGGUACAAACUUGUUGUUGGAAAUGGAGUUGGUGAAGACCUCAGCUAUAAUUUCAAUAUUGUCAAAGGUCCCAUCAACAAUGUCUGCAAGCUGAUGUCUUCUUAUUGUGUCUUGUACCUGGCAAUGGUCAUGUGGGCUCUGGUGUGGAAGUUGGAUUAAAAUUGAUUUUUAACAAUUUUGGUAAAAAAAAAUAUUCUUAAAUUUAAUAGCUGCCUUAAAAUUCUUGAAAAUUUAAUUAUCAUCAUCUUUUCUCAUUUGUGUUCAAGAGAUAUAGGGGAGAUGAAUUAUAUUCAUUUUAGACAUUUAAUUUUAUAAAAGCCUUAAAUUCUUGCUUAUUUAAUCAGUCUUUACUUAGUACAGAAAAUAUAAGGUGUUUUUACACCCAACUCACUCAAGUUGACUAAUGUCCUGGAUAUCUUGAUCUCAACAAAAGUGUUUUUUUCACAGCAUAUUCAACUUCUUGAUUAAUGGAUGCUGGAUUUUUUUUCUCUGUAUUAGAUGUAGUUAUUAAGUAGGAUCUGUAACAACAUUAGUUAUCACCCAUGUAGCCUACAAUUAUGUACUUCAUCUAGUUAAUGUCAUUUGUUUUAAGCUAGCAGAUAAUUUUCUUACAAAAAAAUAUUCACAUUUCAUUUUCUUACAACACAUUUUAAAAGGCUAAAUCUAAAAACAGUUUCAAUUUAAACAAAAUUACUUGAAAGCUCUUUCUUAAUGAUACUAUUUAAUGUAACAAAAAGGCUUGUUUUAUUAAAAUAUUUUUAUAUACAUUAGUAUUUUUAAUCUAUAAUUUUUUUUAAAAAUUAUUACAUAAUUUAAAAUCAAUAAUUACUUCUUGAAACAAUCUUUAAUAGGUUUUACAGUACAAUAUUGAUUGCCCUGCAGUCAACACUUUUCAUUUACAGUUGCUUUUCUACAUGAAGUAAAUAUAAAUACUACCAAUAUUUUUUAACAGCAUGCUUUGUUUCUAGCAUUUUUAAUAACUGCCGAAGUUUGACCAAAAGCUGUGUCUGAACAAUAACCCUAACCCUGUGGUUUUAUGGUGCUAAAAUAUAUAAAAAUAAUUUAUUGAUUUAGGAAAUUUUUUUCAUGAUUUGGUGUUCUAUUCACUGUAGUAUUAUUGGCGCAUAAUACACUUUACAUUAUUUUGUUAAAUUUACUUAAGUAAGUUCCCUUUUCAAACCUGAUGGUCUAUAGGGCAAGUGAAGUAGAGUUCACUUGUUUCUGUGACCUCGGUAUAUGAUGAGAUAGUGCGGUCAACACUAUGCCCAGCCGCCUUUACUUUCCCUAACGCGAGUUAGGUACCAAUCAGAGUUGGGUGGACUCAGGGACGGUGUAAUUUAUUGAACCCGGAUUCGAACUCGAUACUUACGGGUUAGCAGUCCAGCUCUCUACCGCUAGACCACUCUGUCCCAUAUUUACUUAAGUAAUACAGUAAUAAUACAGCAAAGAAAGUAAUUUUUGCAAGUAUUUUUUUCGUGUGCUGUGAAGUGUCCUUUUUGUUAACUUGAACAUCCCAUUGUAAGUGCAUAAAAUAUACUGCAUUUUUUUUAUAAUGCCAAAGAAUUUUUUUUUAAGUGCCUGUUUCUUUUACAGAAAAAUUACCUUUAUUUUCAUGUUUUGCAUUCAAUAUUAUUUAAAAUUAUUUUAUGCUAUGAUUUUAUUCUCAAAACGCAAUAAACCACUACACUAGUGUGGCUGGCAGCACUUAAGCUGAUGUAAUAAAAAUUGCUUAAUUUUAUUUAAUUAAUACAAAACUUAAAUGUUAUACAAUUUUAAUUAUAUUUUCAGUGCUAUAAUUAAAAGAAAAAUGAUUUUAUUCUUCAAUUAAUAUUUUUUUCAAUUUAAAACUGCAUUGUUUUUAGUGAAUUAAUCAACUUCUAAUGAGAUUAUUUUUUCAGUGCUAUAAUUAAAAGAAAAAUGAUUUUAAUCUUCAAUUAAUAUUUUUUCAAUUUAAAACUCCAUUGUUUUUAGUGAAUUAUUCAACUUCUAAUGAGAUUUGUUUUAACCAAUCUGAGACCUGCUUUUAUUUUUACAAUUUGUCAAAAUCACUUUUUUUUUUUUACACUUCAUGCACUGUCUUUCAAACAUUUAUAGCACUAUGUGGCUGAAAUGUGGUAUAUGUGUUCAUAAUACACCAAUCUUUAAAUCAGUUCAUUUUUAUUCAGAUAUUUAACAGAUUUUUGUAGAUAAUGAUGUUAGUACCCACAAAUGCUUAUAUUCACUCACUUUAAAGUUAAAAACUAUUCUUCAUCAGAUUUAAAUAGGAGUGGAACAAAAUACGCAUAAUUUUUUACCAAUAUAUUUGCAAAUUUUCAGUUCCUAAAUGUAAAUAAUGUUUUCAUUAUUUUACACAUAAAUAUGUUACUAAAUAUAAAUAUGAUAACAGUAGCCAUUUUCAACAUCUUUUCAAGGUAACAAAACAGAAACUAACAUAUUUAUGGUAAUGUGUAAAAUAUUAUUCUCCUGUUUUUAUAACUAAAGAAUAUUCACUUUUAAGGUGAUACUUAUCCUUACUCAUGUGUUAUAGAGUGGGACUCACUUUAAAAUAAAGUGUUCAUUAUUCAAAAGAAUGCAAUAAAAGUAGUUUUAGCCAGCCUUGAUUUGGUUUAAUAAUGUUUAGGAAGUUUUUAAUUCAUGUUAACAUAAGCUCAAAUACCAUUACUUGGCUAAAAUAUGUUUACAGUGCAUUUUAAUCUUAAAUAUAAUUCUAUAAAAAAGGUAUAGAUUUUUUUUUUAAAUUGGUACCUGUAUCCUUACCUAGUCACUUAGUAUUAGUAAGUUACUUUUUUCUAUUCCUUAAUUUCAAUUUAUGUGGUCAGCAAUCUUCCCAUGUAUAUAUUUUACUUUCAAGCUUUAAUUGUGACACAACUGCAUGUCUAUAAUAAUGAGAUUAUAACAGAGUAUUGGCUUAAAAAAGACUUGUGUAAACUAUGACAAAGACAAGUCUUUAUUACUUUUUUUUUACAUUCAUAAUUUGAAAUAAAAACUUUUUAUAAAGUUUUAUUGCUAUAAAGUUUUAUUGCUAAAAUAUUUCUAAAUAACAAUAUAAACUAAUGAUAAACUGAAGAUUUUCAAAGAGAUGAUUAAGAAAUAUAUUUUAACAAACAGUGUGUGCCUUCCUUUGAUAAAGCUAUCAGAAUAUGUCAAUUCUACUUAACUUGCCCUAAAAGAGUUGCAGUAUUUAUUUCAAUAGGGUCAGAGAGAGUUCCAUAUCUUUUCACCUAGAAAUGAUUCCUGAUUACUAUUGCAGCAAUACAAAUUUAGCUUUUGUAAAUUGUAAUUCUGCCUAUGGAAUUGUUAUUUUUUCUAAGAAUUUAUUGCAUCUUUAAAGCAUGCAGUCUACUAUGUUAUAAUACUAAAAUAAAUCAGAAAGAUGUGUUGGUCAUAACAUUCAAACAUUCCAUCAUGAACAUUGUCGUUAUUUACAUUAUCACAUUUAUUAUAGAUCUUAUAAAACCUAUUGAGAUUUUUUAUUUAUGUACCCUAAGCAAUAAAAUAUACU